AUGUUGCGCUUUCGCGCUGCCGCGACUGCUCUGGCCCUAGCAAGCACAGUCGCCGGGAAGCUGCCAUCCGUGAACGCCGUUUCUACCGAAGCCAGUCUUGAGCUGCCUAAACGAGACGCAGGGUGGUCCUGUGGCCCUGGAGUUGGCACUUGCGGCGAGGGCUGCCAGCUAGCACACGGCCCUGCCUGUGACGGAAACUUGACUCCAGACGGCCCUGAUACCUCGAGCUUAUCGCGGACCAAGUUUGGAAAAGUGCCAUAUGGUGUCAAUGUUGACAAGUGCACGACACCGGGGACCAUGGCCCUCAGCUUCGAUGAUGGCCCUUAUCACUAUACCACCGAGCUCCUCGACCUGCUCAAGGACAACAACGCCGUUGCAACUUUCUACGUCACAGGCAUAAAUGGGGCCAAAGGCGCCAUAAACGACCCUUCGACUGGAUACCCCGCCAUCCUCCGGAGAAUGCUGGCCGAAGGCCACCAGAUUGGAAGCCACUCUUGGAGUCAUGAGAACAUGGAGGCUGUUGGCUCUUCCGGGGCCACCUUAGACCGAACAGUCCAGAGCGUGAACCAAGACAAGGCGGUUCAACCUGGCGCCGGCUCUGGUAAAAUCACAAAGAUACAUGCGCCUGGUGGACCUGGGGGCGACCGAGCCGCGUCUAACAGCGACCACGACGACGAUGAUGGUUCGCCCAGAGGCGAAAGCGCAGCAGCGAAGGGCUUCCACGUUCACAGCUGGAUCCACAUCCUCCCUCUUCUCCCUUCAUUAGUGGCGUGCUUCGUGUAA